GAUCUGGAGUCAAAGAAUCAAUCUGGGUUCAAAUCCCUCUUCAGAUACAUACUGCCUAUAUGCCCUUAGGGACAGAGAGCUCUCUUUGACUGAGGCUAGAGACAGUUGAUACCAAAACGUUCCCACGCUCUCCAAAGAUAGAGGUUAUGAUGGCAAAGAAGCCCCCCAAGGCGGCCCCUCGGCGAAUUUUUCAGGAGAGAAUGAGGAUCACAUCCCUGCCCUUGUACUUUGAAGGAUAUUUGUUAGUGAAGCGGGCAGAGCACCAGGAAUUUAAACACUACUGGACAGAACUGAGAGGAACUACCCUUUUUUUUUACAUCGACAAAAAAAAUCCAACUUAUAUUGACAAAUUAGACCUGACAGAUCUUACACGCCUUACUGAUCAGAAUCCGACUGAGAAGUGCUGUGCAAGGUUCCUUUUGGUACUGCCCAAGGAAGAAGUAGAACUGAAGACAGAGAACACAGAAAGUGGGGAGGAGUGGAGAGGCUUUCUUCUUACUGUUACAGAGUUAUCAGUCCCUCAGCAUGUGUCACUGCUACCUGGACAAAUGAUCAGACUGCAUGAAGUCUUAGAGAGAGAAAAGAAAAGAAGGAUUGAGAUUGAGGGACCACCCGACAUACCUUUGAGAAAAGACAAGCAACCAAUCGGGGAGUAUGUGGAUAUCCUGAACCCUAUGCCAGCGUGCUUUUAUUCCGUGUCUCGGAAGGAAGCAACCGAAAUGCUAGAGAAGAACCCUUCUUUGGGAAAUAUGAUCCUGAGGCCUGGUAGUGACAGUAGGAACUAUUCCAUUACCAUCAGACAGGAGACAGACACUCCAAGAAUAAAGCACUACAGAGUGGUAAGCAUAGGAGCCAACUACACUAUUGAACUGGAAAAACCAGUGACACUACCCAACCUCUUCAGUGUCAUUGAUUAUUUUGUGAAAGAAACUCGAGGAAACCUGAGACCGUUUAUAUAUUCCACUGAUGAAAAUCUUGGUAUGUUUCUGAAUGUAAUGGCAGAUUCACCAAUCAAAAUUUCCCCAUGGAGGCAAGAGCAACCUCUUGUGAGACCAGUGGUCAAAAAUGCUGUUAGGCCUCAUGUGAAUGAUUACCUGAAUGAAUUUCCAGGCCAAGAAUCCAAUAAAAUGAGAAGGCAGAAGGAAAUGGAGGAAAAAAGUGGACACUGACUAAAAUAAAGUUAUAAAUCAGCCUGCCUGAUCUUGGGAAAAUCUAUUUCAAAAAUUCUUUCUUGCAAGAAGAUUCCUUUGUGUCUCCUGAUUCUGGGUGACAAAAAGUUACACCCGAGCAUUAUACAUGUAGAAUAUUGUCUUGGUAGAGUUAUCUUCUUACAAGGAUGAUAUAGAAUACUACUAUGAAGGGUCUUUGGGGGAUGCACAUAUUUCCACAUGCUUUUAUAAGCUGACAUUAAUCUCUGUAAAUGAACUUUGAAUUUUCUCUUUGUGGGGGCUUGGUUAGUCUAAAUGAAUUUCCAUAUACCAUUUUCCUAAAAGUUUUUCUUUAAACUGUGGUAGUUCUAAUACUGUAAAGUUUGAUUUGAACUUGAACUUUCCAAGUAGAAACAUUUUCAUUGACCAGAUAGGGAAGCAUCUGAUCAUUAAGAUGAAAAAACAUUUUGACCAGUGUGAGAGGACCAAAGUUCCUUGUCUUCAUUAUUUAAAAUAAAUGGGCCUUACCUACUUUA